AUAUAACUGUACGAUAUAUGUUUAAUUCAGUAUUUCUAAAUUUAUUAUCUUGUUUCUUGCAAUGAUAAUUCAGAUAAUAUGCGACAAUAACAUCAUUUUAUAUGUUAUAUGUUCUAUUUACUUACAUAUUUUUAAACUACAAAUAAAUGUUAAUGACUAAGCUUUAAAUAUGAAAAUAAAUAAUUUUAUUCGACUGAUCUAAGAUGACGCAUCGCUAAUUCAUGACUGAUUUUAUCACGUUAUGAAUAUGAAAACAAUUUUACAAAUGCCUCGUAACUUCUUACUACUAUAUUUUAAAUCAACUACUUACAUUUUUCUCAUACAUGGUCGUUUGCAUAUAAUAUUUAGUUUGACUAGUUCGAUGAUAAUGCACUAUCUGUCUCCCACUCUUCAUGUCAAAGUUGCAUAUCAUAAUUCCUACUCUUCUUAUACUCUUUGCAAUAGUUCGUUAUAAUCAGUCUCUUGCUAAUCGUUACACGCCAGUGUUUACAUUAGGAUUCAUAACGGAUCGCACUUGUAGAGCGAACAAAAUGUCACACGACGAACAUUUUCAGAAAUGGAUAAAACAUGUAACGUCGAAGAUUAUCGAGAAUCUUGGACUAGACAUCAACAAAACUCGAUAUACGCUAUCUGAACCUAAGAACAGAAUUAUAUCUACUAUAUAUUAUGUACUCUUGCAGUUUGAGAACAAGACAACAGGUGAAAACGAGGAAUUUCCUAUAGUAGUGAAGAGAGCCUUGCAGAAUAUGGUUGAAAUUCUACACGUCGCUUCUCAAUUUCACAAUGAAAUUCUGUUCUAUAAAAUGUAUAGCAGUCCAGACGACAACUAUGCGAAAUGUUUCUAUGCUGACGAACGGUCGUCAACCGAUUUGGUGAUUGCUCUGGAAAAUGUCAACAAACGAGGAUAUUAUCCCUGUCCGUAUAGUUGCAACUCUCCUUUAGAAUAUGUAUUGGCGGCGAUGCGCGAACUAGGACGAUUUCACGGCAAAGGAUAUGCCAUGAAAAAGCUACAGCCGGAAAAGUUUUUCGAUAUCGUGACGCGACUUCAAACUCGGUUCUUUAAAAAAAAUAAUACUGACAAUGAGAAUCAAUCUGACUACGUAAUCCUUUGCAAUAAUAAUCCUCCAAAACUGAUGAAAUAUCUUCGUAAUUGCGGCUACUACGAUCCAAUUUUCUGUGAUAAAAUGGAAACUGUUUUUUCGAACGCAUUUGACGAAAUAAUGAUGAAGACGCUAAAACCGCUGGAACCCUUGGCCACGUUAUGUCACGGUGAUUUUACGUUAGACAAUAUUCUCUUCAACACGGAGAACGAUGGAAAAUAUCGUGCAAUGCCGAUCGACUUUGCGUAUUUGACGUAUUCGACUCCCGUCGUCGAUCUUUCCACAUUUCUUUGUCUGUGCUGCACGAAUGAAAUGAGGAGGGACAAGUUCUCCGACAUAAUGCGAGCCUAUCAUGAUUCAUUGAAAGAAUAUCUGUUGGAAGCUGGCGUUUGGGACAUGGAAGUAUAUUCGUAUGAAGUUUUGUUGGAAGAUUUCAAAAGAGGUGGUCUUUUCGGUUUUAUUAUUGCGACCUUUCAUCUACCAGUACUAUUGGGAUAUCUUAAAAUAGAGGAAAUAGCAGAAAUAGUGUCACGUAUGGGCAUGUUGGAAUUUUUAAAACGCUAUAAGUACAAUGAAGAAUUGUCCAAAAUACUAGCUGAUAUGUUACUGCAUUUGAGAAAUCUGGGCUGUUUACAACACAUUUUAUAAUUGUGAAAUAAAUUCGAUGCAUACAAUAUUGACUUUUAUAUCGAUUAGUAACUGCAAAGUAUAUGUCGAAAUAUCUUUAAAUAAUCACGCGCUAAGAACGUACAACGAAAGUAUAAAAGAGCUAUAGUGAUCACGGACAGAUGGAUUGUUAAUGUAUUAUUUCGUGAGAUUAUUUCGCUCCUAUAGCAGCGUAAUUUAGAAUCACGAACAGGCACUUUGCACGAAUUCUUUUCAAACCAACAGAUUACUUUCACACACGAAAGAUUAAUAGAUUAAUAUUUUUUGUUUAUGCACUAAAAACUUUUUUCAUUGUUAAAUAAAAAUAUGAAAAUAUCUAAGAAAAGAAAUACGUAUUCAUUUUUAUUUAUCAAUAAACAAAUAAAAAUUCAUGCAAUGUACUGAACUGCGACUUCAAAUUGUAUAAUAUCACUCGAAGCGCAAUGUUACAAAAUAAUAUUGCCCAUGGUUAUUACAGUUUUUUAUAUACUGAGCUACAUUAGCUCAGUAUAUUUGCUUCAAACUGUCUUUAGUCAAGUAAUUUCAAGUAACAAAAUCUUAAAAGAAAAGCAUUACUUAAACUUGUAAAUCAAAAAAUUCUGCAACUGAAAUAAAAAAGAAAAUAAAUUCAACUUUAUUACAUUUAUGUAUAUGCACAUCUAUUUUACAUAUUACAUUUCUAUAUUAUUCAGGUGUAACUCUUAUUUAAUUUACUGUUUAAAACAACCGAAUACAUUAACGGAUUUAAUAUGUAUAUAUCGCGAAAAUGAAACAACGUGGAUAAGGAGCGAGUUGAAACUGGAUCCCACUUAUAUGUAUGCGUAACACUCAAAACAGACGCGGUAUUGCGGCUGUGCACAUUGGUGAAAUUAUUCUUUCGUCCGUGCAAGUCCGGAUCUGCCUUUCAAAUAAAGAAGCGCCCGUACGCUCAGAAUAACUUUAUCAUUUCCAUAUAUUUUUCCAAGCUAGCGGCAGCGUUUAUCACGAAGCUAACUUACGCUCAAAGUUCAUGCACAGUCAAAUUUCCUUUUCUAUUAGUAGAAAAAGUAUUAAACUUGCGACCCCCAGAGAACAGCAAAGUACCACAACAAGUCAUAUUUUGUGACAUAGAUUCAUAAUUAUGUCGUGGAUUCCGAUUAAAAGAAAUAUCAUUUUAUGUUUCAAAAAUAAAAAAAAAUUUAUUUUGUACAUUAAUAUUGUAUUUCUACUACGUAACUAGUAAAAAUGCAGAGAUAAUAUUGGCUCUACUAUUGCUACUAGUUGUGUCACGUUGCAUAAUUGCGUAAUACUCUUGCGAUAAAAACAAAAUUGCAAAAAUGUAUUAAACACAAUGAUUAGACACAAAAUGUGACGUCUCAUGUAUAUUUUGCAAUAUAUUAUGCGAUAUAAGCCACGAUUAAAAAACUUAAUAUCUCAAAAAUAUAUUUAAAAAAUUUAGCACUA